UAUAAUCUAGAUCCUUGAUUGUUGUUUUGUUCCGGUCUCUUUCGUCAAAAUUUCUCAAUCUGUUUCUAUCUGUUUUCAUGCCACGCUCGUCGGAGCUUUUGCUGCAACUUCUACAAAGAUUCCCCAAACACCCAAACCAGGUUCAACAAAUCCAUUGUCUUCUAAUCACUGAAGGUCAUCUCCUUCUCCGCAACCGAAAAUGGAAGAACACUCUUCUUUUCAACGCUCUGAUCAGAACCCAUCUGGGUUUUGGCCAAACUCGAAAAUCCUUACUCCUCUUCGCCCGCAUGCUUCUUCACCGAGCCCCGCCAAACGGCCACACUUUUCCGUCUCUUAUCAAAUCGGCUUCUUCAUCUUUGCCUUCUCUGGGCCCACCACUCCACGCCCAGGCUCUCAAGCGCGGUGUUCUGAGAGACCCGUUUGUGCAGACUUCGCUCCUGAGUUUCUACGCUGAGUGUGGAAAUCUGCGGAGUGCGCGUAAGGUGUUUGAGGAAAUGUCUGAAAGAUGUGUUGUUGCGUGCAAUGCGAUGAUUGAUGCUUUUUGUAAGAAUGGCGAUAUGGGUUCUGCUCUUUGUAUCUUUGAAGGCAUGAUUAAAAGGGAUGUGGUGUCUUGGACUAGUGUUGUCAAUGGUUUUCGGAUGAACCGGAGGUUUUGUGAGGCGGUUCGGGUUUUCGGGAGUAUGAUGAGUUGUUCGGUGAAGCCGAACGAGGCUACAUAUGUUAGCGUGCUUUCUUCGUGUGCAAGUUUGGAUGGUUGGGGAGGGAUUUAUAUAGGAAAGCAAAUACAUGGGCAUAUUCUUAGGAAUGAGAUUCAUUUGAGUGUUUUUAUGGGCACUGCAUUCAUAGAUCUCUAUGGGAAGAGCGGUUUACUAAACGCUGCAAAAAAUGUUUUUGAUGGAAUGGUGGUUAAGGAGACUUGUUGUUGGAAUGCUAUGAUUUCGGCGCUUUCUUCCAAUGGUCGGGAGAAGGAAGCUUUGGACUUUUUUGAAAGAAUUAAGAUGGAAGGAUUGCAGCCUAAUGAAGUUACGUUUGUAGCGGUUCUUACCGCCUGCGCUCGUGGCAAACUCGUUGAGUUUGGCUUGGAAUUGUUUAGAUCAAUGUUGAAUGAUUUUGGAGUCGUGCCGGUCAUGGAGCAUUAUGGAUGCGUUGUUGAUCUCUUGGGAAGAGCAGGGCUACUUAGGGAGGCGGCGGAGUUUGUGCAAAGCAUGCCUUUCGAACCCGAUGCUUCGGUUCUGGGAGCUCUUCUUGGAGCCAGCAAGAUUCAUGGAACUACCGAGCUGGGAAAUGAAGUGGGACAGAAACUGAUUGAUAUGCAGCCACAACAUUCUGGACGAUAUGUCGUUUUGUCGAAUAUAAAUGCUGCAACGCAGAGAUGGAAUCGUGCUGCUUAUUUGAGGAAAAUGAUGUUAAAUGCUGGAGUUCAGAAAACUCUAGCUUAUAGUGUGAUUACAUGAAAAUUUAGUUUAGACUUUUUUUCCCUUUUUUCCAACAUAGGAAACGGUAGAUUUAUCCUAUGAAGUUGGAACAUUUAUAGUCCGUCCUACAAUUUCGUAUAAUUCUUGGCUGUAUACUGAGUGUCAAUGUAACACAUGCUACAUUUUAACAAGCAUUGUUCCCUUUCAUCUUAAUCU